CCGGAAGUGAACGUCGGCCUCUUCGUCACCACGUUCAAAAUGAAACUUUUGAUUUUGAUUGUCGCUGUUUUUGCUGGCGUUAUUGCCGAUGACGACCAUGGUAGUAAUGCAGUUGUGUUCACAAGGGAAACCUUUAGUGAUGCUGUAACAAGUACACCUCACUUUGUCAUGUUCUACGCACCAUGGUGUGGUCACUGUAAGAGAUUGGCACCAACAUGGGAUGAACUUGCUAAGAAGUUCAAUGAGGAAGCCAGCAUUAUUAUAGGCAAGGUUGAUUGUACUAUUGAAACAGCGUUGUGCUCAGACCAGGGAGUUCAGGGAUAUCCCACACUGAAGUUCUUCAACAAAGCAACUGAAGGAGUGAAGUACAAGGGACAAAGACAGAUUCCUGAGUUUGAAAAGUUUAUGAAAGAGUCAUUAAAAGCCUCUGCUGAGAAAAAGGAGGCUGAGGUCCCCGUUGCUACAGAUGAGGCACCUCCAGCAGUACCUGAAGCUAAACAUGGUCUCUAUGAGCUCACAACUGACACAUUCAAGUCCCAUAUAGAAACUGGCUAUCACUUUGUCAAGUUCUAUGCCCCCUGGUGUGGACACUGCAAGACCCUUGCUCCUGUGUGGGACCAGCUUGCUGAGACAUUCGAACAUGUAGAAGAUGUCACAAUAGCAAAGGUUGACUGUACCCAGCAUGGCAGUGUAUGUCAAGGUCAAGGGGUAAGAGGCUACCCAACUCUCAUCUUCUUCCAAAAUGGGCAAAUGAAGGAGAAGUUUGGAGGUCCAAGAAACCAUGAAGAGUUGAAGAGGUUUGUCUCCAAGAUGAAGGAAGCUGGAGAACAACAGGAACAGGCCACAGAGGGAAAAAUACCUGAACCAGUAGAAAGGAAUGAUGAACCUCAGCCUCAAGUGAAGGUGCUGACAAGUGACAACUUUGACGACUCUGUUUCAUCUGGCUUGUCAUUCGUCAAGUUUUAUGCACCUUGGUGUGGUCACUGUAAGAGACUUGCUCCAACAUGGGAUGAGUUGUCCAAGAAGUUUAGCAAUAACAACAAUGUGAAUGUUGCCAAAGUUGACUGCACAGAACACAAACAACUCUGCAAAAAAUAUGAUGUGGGAGGCUACCCUACACUGCUUCUCUUCAAGGCUGGUGUGAAGAUAGAUGAAUACCACGGGAGUAGAGACUUGGAGGCCCUCGAUACAUUUGUUAGGGACAAUUUACCUCAUGAUGAGCUAUAAAGAUCAAGCCUUAGUGUUGAAUACUCCAACUUCAUGACAUCACCACAAUAUCAAUGCCCUCCAAUGGUUACAAACAUAAAGUGCCCUAUUCAAAGGUGAAAUGCCCUCAUACUUACUUGGAGAGGGAUGUUA